GAGACACAGGCCGGCCGGCCGGCUGGCUGGCUGGCUGGCUGAGGCCGUUGAAACAAAUACCUAUUUGCUUCACCACGCCCGUCCCAGCCCCCCCCCCCCCCCCCCCCAUUUCUUUCUCUUUUUUUGUUGCUUGUUCGCUUCGCGUUUGGGGGUUGGUGCGUAAGGCGGGAGGGAUCUGGCCUAAAGCGACGCCUGAGCAGCCCAGCGGGAGCCUAGGGACAGGCCUGGGCAGCAGCCUCCACAUUAGGAUGUCCCGACAUGAAGGUGUCAGCUGUGAUGCAUGUUUAAAAGGAAAUUUUCGAGGUCGCAGAUACAAGUGUUUAAUUUGCUACGAUUACGAUUUGUGUGCAACUUGUUAUGAAAGUGGUGCAACAACAACAAGGCAUACAACUGACCAUCCAAUGCAGUGCAUAUUAACAAGAGUAGAUUUUGAUUUGUAUUAUGGUGGAGAAGCUUUCUCUGUAGAGCAGCCACAGUCCUUUACUUGUCCUUAUUGUGGAAAGAUGGGUUAUACAGAAAUAUCUCUUCAGGAACAUGUUGCUUCUGAACAUGCAGAAACAUCAACAGAGGUGAUCUGUCCAAUAUGUGCAGCAUUACCUGGAGGGGAUCCUAAUCAUGUCACAGAUGACUUUGCAGCUCAUCUUACACUGGAACACAGAGCUUCUAGAGAUUUAGAUGAAUCUAGUGGCGUUCGGCACGUACGUAGAAUGUUUCAUCCAGGCCGAGGUUUGGGAGGCCCCCGUGCACGUAGAUCAAACAUGCACUUUACUAGCAGUUCCAGUGGUGGGCUUUCAUCUUCUCAGAGUUCAUAUUCUCCAAGCAAUAGAGAAACCAUGGAUCCUAUAGCUGAGCUUUUAUCUCAGUUAUCAGGCGUGAGACGUUCUGCAGGACAGCUCAAUUCUUCUGGCCCUUCUGCUUCUCAGUUACAGCAGCUGCAGAUGCAACUGCAGUUGGAAAGACAGCAUGCACAGGCAGCAAGACAACAACUGGAAACUGCACGCAAUGCCACUAGACGCACUAACACAAGCAGCAUACCCACCACUCUUACACAAUCUAUAGCAGCAACCAAUACAUCUAACACAGAAAACAAUCAUCAGACUAUACAGAAUUCCCAGUUUCUUCUUAUGAGGUUGAAUGAUCCUAAGAUGUCAGAAGCAGAGCGUCAAUCAAAAGAAAGCGAACAGGCAGAUCACAGCUUGUUUGUUCAAGAGCUUCUACUGUCCACUUUGAUGCAGGAAGAAAGUUCCUCCUCAGAUGAGGAUGAACGGGGAGAGAUUGCUGAUUUUGGUGCUAUGGGCUGUGUAGAUAUUAUGCCUCUAGAUGUUGCUUUAGAAAACCUAAAUUUAAAAGAGAAUAAUAAAGGAAAUGAGCCUCCUCUUUGAUGGCAUCCCACUUUGCAGACAAUGUCCUCUGUGCUGUAUUUGCCAAUGAAAGUGGACAACAACUAUCUUGGGUUUGUUUUGGUGAUUGUAAUUUCAGGUCUGUCACUCUUGUUACAUUGUGUACAUUCAAAGGAAAAAAGAUAUAUAUGAUAAUCAUUUCCACUUAACCAAUUUUUACUUUUAGCAGAUAAAUAUAGGUUGCAGUGCAGAGAAAAAAAAGCUCUGUGUCCUGUAGCUUGACGUGCAAAAAAGCUCUCCUAAUACUCCACAUUCAAACUGAAGAGGAAAAAAUGAAAAAAAUCUCAAAUGAAGCUGCUGUGUGUAUUUAUGAAUAUUAAUGAAUAAAACUUGCUUGGAUGGUUUACCUUAA